AUGACCGACAAACAAAUCAUCUACGCCACCCCGCCAGCUCCGGCCAUCGAUCCCUCCCUGACCUCUGGAACUUUCCGGGUAAAACUCGUCCCCCGGCCCGUUCAUAUCCCCGCUGAUAAGAUCCUCGUGCGCGUGCACUACCUCUCCCUGGAACCAGCUAUGCGCCAGUGGCUCACUGCCAAGCGCUCAUACAUCGCUCCAGUCGAGGAAGGCGCCGUGAUGCGCGGACAGAGUAUCGCGCAAGUUGUUGGCGUGGGCGAAGACCUCACCUCGCAAUACAAGACUGGUGAUUGGGUUGUCGUCGACUCCGGGUGGCAGGAGUAUGCACUUGUGGGAGAGCGCGAGGCUGAGAAAGUGACCGUGCCUCCAGGCGGCCGCCGCACAGACGCGAUCUCUAUACUCGGUACGACCGGGCUGACGGCGUACUUUGGACUGCUGGAAGUUGGGCAGCUGAAAGCGGGCGAGACUGUUGUUGUUUCUGGUGCAGCCGGUGCGACGGGCAUGGUGGCGGGCCAGAUAGCGCGGAUCAAAGGGGCCAAGCGGGUUGUUGGGUUGGCAGGCAGCGAUGAAAAGUGUCACUUCCUAGUCGAGGAGCUUGGCUUUGAUGCUGCUAUUAAUUAUAAGGAUACGGAUUGGCGGAAGCGGCUUAAGGCGGCUACGCCGGAGUAUAUUGACGUUUUCUUCGACAAUACUGGUGGAGAUAUUCUUGAUGCUUGCCUAGCGAGAGCGGCUCGGGAUGCACGCUUUGUUAUCUGCGGUGCUAUCAGUCAGUAUAAUGCUGCCAAGCCGCAGGGCCUCGCUAAUUUUAUGAGUAUCAUUUCGCAACGGAUCAUGAUGAAAGGUUUCAUCGUCUUUGAUUACAUCAAGAAUUACCCGGCUGCACGGAAGGAUUUGGCCUCCUGGUUGGCUGAGGGUAAGCUCAAGCGAAAGGAGCAUAUCGUGCUUGGUGGCUUGGAGGCUGCGCCCCAAGCCCUCGUUGAUCUCUAUGCCGGUGCCAACACCGGUAAGAUGAUGGUUCAAGUUGCCCCUGUUAGCGAAGCGUUGACAAAGGCCAAGCUGUAA